AGAAAAUCCAGUGAGUUGAUGAAAGAAGACCAGUUGUAAGAUGCAAUCAUGGCGACUAAAAGUCCAAGCUUAAACUCCCUGAUGAAUUACCGUUUUGUCAAGAAGCAAGUUCCUAAACUAACGAGUGGAAGUGAGAGCUUAUUCAGCUCGGACACUAAUGGCAUUGAUAGUCCGCAGGGAGUUAAAGAAAUGAACAAACAGACAGACAGUCAAACAAGCAGCUGUUCCUCUGCCACAAUUCUCUAUUCUGAUCAGGAAGGCGGGAGUCAAAACAGUGAAACUACCAUUCCAUAUAAUCCAAGCCAGAACUUAGGAAGUCAGGAUCCCUUCUUACAAAAUACAGAUGAGGAGCUGACGUGUAGUCCAGAGUCCCCAAUAUUUCGUGGAAAGGUCAAAGGGUCAAACAGGAAUUGUAUAAAGGAUGAAGACACAGAACCUGGAUCCUCUCCUUGGCUUUCUAAAGAGCAGGGCAUAGUUAAUGGUGCAGCUUCUACCUCUAAACAAAGAAGGAAAUCCAAGCAGGAGGUGAGGCAGGGGUUUGGGGACGACUUGACCCCGGACCAGACGGAGGCGGUCAAUCACUUGAAGGCAAUGUUCCCAGACAGAAGUAUGGACAUUCUACAGCAAGCUCUGGAGGCACAGUCCUGGAAUGUUGAGAAUGCUGUCGAUCACAUGAUUGAUUCAUCCAAGGCCCUCAAAAAGAAGGGUGCCAAAAAGCGAAUUAUACGUGUGGACAGCAGUGAUUCCGAUGGGGAAGGAGGGUCACCAAUCCAUCACCCCUCUAAAAGGGCACGACCUCUAGACUCCAUUGACCUUGACCAGACUCAAAUCUCAGAAGAGGAGAAGAAUAAAAGGAUCGUCUUCCUUCAGGAGGCAUUUCCCGGGAAAAAACGAAGGGAUCUACAGAGAGCUUUGGAGAAUAACAAUUGGCAGACAGACGAUGCCCUCCUGGAACUUAGUAACUUCAUGGAUAACGGCAAAGAGAGACAAGCUGCACUGGAAGAUGAAGAGGAGGAUUUUAGGAGUGAAGAUGAAGAAGUAGACAGUGAUGAUAGCAUUGAGAUGGACACAGAGACAGCUCGCACAGAAAGAGAGAAAAUCCUGGCUUUCUUUGACGAAGCAACAAUUGAGGAACUAUCUGCAACGCCUGGAUGUUCCAAGAAACGAGCUGAAGUCAUCAUAUCACUAAGGCCAUUUAAAAACUGGAAUAAACUCACAACAGAAUUCUAUAACAACAAAGCCUUGUCCUAUGACAUCAUCAGUGGUUGUAAAGACAUUCUUCGUGUGCGACAAGUUAUCGUCAAACUAAUGCAGAAGUGUGAGGGGAUCUCUAAAAAGAUGGAGACUGUAGUGUCCUGUCUGACCAAGAAAACAGAAUUUGAUGAAAGCAGUGAUGAUGAUUCGAUACAGAUUACAAAACAGCCACAGAAUCUGUCACCUGGCUGUCAGCUGAAGCCUUUCCAGAUGGUGGGACUGAACUGGCUUCGUAUCAUGCACUCCCAGCACCUGAAUGGCAUCCUGGCUGAUGAAAUGGGACUUGGUAAGACAAUACAGACGAUUGCUUUUAUUGCUCAUCUGCUGGAGGAAGGAGAGACUGGGCCCCAUGUUGUUAUUGUUCCCUCAUCAACUAUAGAGAAUUGGAUGAGGGAGUUUGAGACUUGGUGCCCUGAGGUUAACCUCCUUGUGUAUUAUGGUUCUAUGGAGGAUCGUCGUCAGAGUCGCAUGUCACUUCUUUAUGAUUCCAACUCUCGGUACAAUGUCGUUCUUACAACAUACAACAUGGCCACUGGAAGUGUAGAAGACCGGGCAUUGUUUAAAAAAGUGAAUUUCCAUUACGCAAUCUUUGAUGAGGGUCACAUGUUAAAAAACAUGUCCUCUUUACGCUACCAGAACUUAAUGAAAAUAGCAGCAGAACGCCGUUUGUUACUGACGGGGACGCCCCUACAGAAUAACCUGUUGGAACUGAUGUCUCUGUUGUGUUUUGUAAUGCCAGAAAUCUUCAGUGGAAAAACUGACCAAUUAAAACAGAUGUUCUCCAUGAUCAAUAGAGGAGUUGAUGAUAAAGCCAAAAGUAAAUAUGAAAGGGAGAGAAUUCAGCAUGCCAAGAGAAUCAUGAGACCAUUCGUUUUACGGAGGCUUAAGUCUGAGGUCCAGCGACAGCUACCCCAGAAGAAGGACCGGGUCCUGUAUUGUGAACUAAUUCCCCAGCAGAGGGCGCUGUACCAACAGCUGAUCACAAAAUUCAAACAGGUCAUAAAGGACGACCAGGUCAAGGAAUCGCGGGAUGGAGCCUCCAUGUUGAUGCAGCUGAGGAAAGCAUCCAAUCACCCGCUUUUGUUACGGAACCAUUACACUGAAGAUAAACUGAUGAAGAUGGCCAAGCAACUCACAAAGGAACCUUCCCACAGAGAGAGAGGGGCACUGGCUGAGCUGAUUCAUGAGGACAUGAUGGUCUUAAAUGACUAUGACAUCAUGAAGCUGUGUGACCAGUACAAGAAAUAUAUAGGAAGUUACAAACUAGAUUCUCAAGUCAUAAUGGAGUCAGGGAAAUUCAGGGAACUGGAGAAACUUCUGGAAACUUAUGAAUCUCAGGGAGACAGAGUUUUACUCUUCAGUCAGUUUACAAUGAUGAUGGAUAUAAUGGAGGAUUUUUUAAAGACCAAGAAUUACUCCUACCUACGUCUGGACGGCUCUACACCUGUACCAGAAAGACAAGAAUUGAUAGACAAGUUCACCAAAGAUGAGAGUAUAUUCAUCUUUAUGUUGUCUACACGAGCCGGUGGUUUGGGGAUCAAUCUAACAGCAGCUAACGUGGUCAUCAUCCAUGACAUCGACUUCAACCCGUACAAUGAUAAACAAGCCGAAGAUCGGUGUCACAGGGUGGGACAGACCAGGGAGGUGUCAAUAAUUCGUCUGAUCAGUAAAGACACAGUAGAGGAGGGUAUGUUGAGAUGUGCUCGAGACAAACUCAAACUGGAGAAAGACAUAACAACUGAUGAAAGUACAGAUAAAGAAAAUCCGUCAGAUGUGGCAUCUCUCCUCAAAGGGGCUCUGGCCGACAGUUCUUGACCCCAGUUGAACUCUUAGUCUGCCAAUCACAACUCAUAUUAUAAAGUUCACGACCUCAGAACAAACUCUCAUCAAAAAAUCAAAUGUCAAAAAAAAAAAACAAAACAUUUUACAUAUCUUUGAACCAUAAAAUGUGAAGGCUGGUUGAGGAGUUAUAUUUGUGUAUGAUGGAACUAUAAUUGGAUGAUGUUAUAAAGUUUGAUUCCUCGAAAUGAAAACAAUGCAUGUCUGUGUAUUCUAAUGUAAUGAAUUUAAAGCCAUGAGAGCACAGGCAACGAAUCAUUGGAAUAUAAUCCGGCAGAAGCAUCAUAUUUCUCUUAGAAGAUUGUAAAGGUCCACUUUGAAGAUUGUAAAGGUCCAAUUUUGUGCUUUAGUCACAGAAGAAAGAAGAGUGCAAGGAAUCCUGGGAUAAUUUUGAGACAGCAAGGAAUGCUGGGAAAACUAUUCUGUGUCAAAACUGUUUAUAUGAUGGUGUAUGUACAGUGUUGUGUAUGUAAAACUGUGGAGGUGUAAAGUGAGUUGUUGUCACAUUGGACUUGUAUGAAUCGAAAUGUGUGUACAUAACUUCAGAUCUUUCAGAACAAAUCAGGACUUCCCCCUACAGGGGAUAUACAUGUAGCUAUACCCAGUACUGUAUACAAUGAUGGUAUACCAUUUUAGAAAUGUCAAAAGCAGAGGAGUGCAAAGCCUUCAUCAAGAAACUCUGUUUUAAUUGAGGUACAGAACAAAAUAAAAGUGCUAUUUGAUACUUUCUGUCAACAUUAGGCCAUUCCAAGUUUCUCUAUGUAAAGUAUCUUGAUUUUGGACACUUCAUACCAGGAAAAGACGUAUUUCUUAUAGUCCAUGUAGUCAGUAGAUUUUUUUUUUAUUUCAAUAACCUUCUGAAUAGUAAUUAUACCCCCACUCCAGAGGAGAGGGGGUAUGCUGUUUUACCCUUGUGUGUCCUUCUCUUUGUGUGUCUGUCCGUAACAAAUUUUCGUCGCAGUUUUCUCAGCAACUACUCAUCACAGAUGAUUGAAAUUUUAGCACACUGUUUGUUUAGGCAUGCCAUAUGGUGGGAUUCAUUUUUGUGCGAAUCCGAUGUCAACUUCCUGUUUAUCCUUGCAUCUGUCCACACCAUACAUAACAAAUUUUGGUCACAGUUUUCUCAGCAUCUACUUAUUGCAGAUGCUUGAGAGUUUAGCACACUCUUUGUUUAGGCAUGUCAUAUGGCGGAAUUUAUUUUUGUACGAAUCUGAUGUCAACUUCCUGUUUAUCCCUGUUUCUGUCCAUAAAUGAACUUGUGUAUUUACAUCAGAGCAGGGGUAUUAUUAGUGAGCAUUGGCUCACAGACUUCUUGUUUCUUUUGUAUUAAAAUGAAUAAAAUGAAUAAUUUGCUACUGAUAUCUGUCUCAUAAAAUUAGAAUAUGACGAAGCCAAAUUAAUUAUUAAUAUGAUUGAUAACUACAUGUAAAUGUUAAUUACAAAAUAUUUUGUAUAAAUGAUUACGUAAUAUAUAAACACAUAUUACUUGUGGUCUGAAACUGCCAACUACUUGAUUAAAUUUAUACUUCUUAAAGAAGUAGGUACAUUUUUGGCUAUAUUGUACCCUAAAUAUUUAAUGUUUUCAAAAAGUUUUGAAAUUGACUUAAAUAUGAGUUGAGUGAACGAAUGUGUUAAAAAAUGCAUGAAAGAAUAUGAGUGGCAUGAAGGAGGACCAUUCUGAAAAUUGAUGUCAAUAAUUUGGUACAUUUCUAAAUUUUAAACAGAAAAAUCCUUAAAUUGACUAAUUUCAGGGAGUAUUUUCCUCAAUAAAAUAAAGACUAUAGCCAUCACUUAAAUCAAUUUUUUUGAUUAGCAUUUAGGAGGUCAUAUAAGAAAAAUUGAGUUAUAAUUUCCUUUGUCACUUUCAUAAUUUAGAAAAUACAGGGCCAGAUUUGUAUUGAAACUGCACCUUGUUCUUUAAUUAAGUUCUGACCCCCAUGAAAUCAAAUCCUUGAAUGUGACUUCAUAGUUUGUGUUUUGUCAGUUGGUAGGUAGGUUGCAUACUUAUCAAAGACAAAAAAAACUUGGAAUGGCCUUAUCUAAGUUAUAAUAUUGUAAACAUUCCGUAAAAUCUGUUAAUUUCUAUCAAACAGCUGUUAUUCAGGAUACGUCACUUUGAAAUCCAUCCCUGACUUUAAAAUUUUGGUAAGUAGAGGAAGAACUAUUUCUUGCACACAACAGUCGGUUAACAGUAUGUAUUGUAGAUCAGUGAUUAACAUGAACGAUGAAUCGUAUCAAUAUGUGAACAACUGUUAAAAGUAUAGAUUCUUUCAACAUGUAAAAAAUAAAAGUCUGUAGUAAAAAUU